AUGUAUACAGUGAGUGAGGAACAAAGUUUUGCAGAAAGUUGGAAAAAAUCUGUAGAUGAAUCGAUAAGACUUAUUAAGUACCUUGUAAAACCUCAACCUCACGUGAUAGAAGAUACUAUAUCGCUUAAUAACUCUAGAAAUACAGUGAUACUACUUUCCAAACCUCUUGCAAAAAUGGAACAUCUUAUUCAACAAAAUAUCAUAUUAAUAAAAGAAAAACAAGAAGAAAUUAAAAACUCCGAUGAAACCAUAGAAGAACUAGAUAAAAAGUUGUACGUUUCACAGAUAGAUCUUAAACCGGUAAAAUUGAGAUAUCCUAGGACUGUAUGCACCGAUACUAAAUGUAUUCAAAUUAUUCGAACCAAAAAUAUUAAAAAAAUAAAUUAUGUAAGAGUCUGUUGUUCACAUUGUUACUUGAAAUUUUCUAGACAUAAUGUAAUAAACAACAAAAUUUUAAUGCUUUGUUCAGCAAUUAAAAAAUCGAAUGGAAAAUUCAACGAUGUUAUGGACAGGAAAGUAGAAUUACUGAUUUCGGCGAAACGGUCGGAUCAAGAAAAAAAGGAAGCAAUUAUAGAAGUGCAUCAAAGGAUGGAUAACCAACUACGAGAAGAGCAAGAGAAAAUAAAAGAAAUUAGUAUUAAGUUUGCACAAUUCCUAAGACAAAAUGCAAUAGCCGCUUACAAUGAUGCAUAUGCAGACUAUCUUGAUCUUCACAUAAAGGAAGAGAAAACUAAGAGAGAUGCCAACCCAAGUCAUUAUGAUGACAGAGUCCUCAAAGGACUUGAAACCACAAAAGAUAAUUACUUGAACCAAGUGGAAACUAUAAAACAAGCAAUUGAAAUCAAUGAUGGUUCCAAACCUCCAAUUACACCAGAAGAAAUAGCCGAACUUGAGCAACAAUUGUACAAUUUACCAAUUAAUGGUCAAACUCUGAAAAGUUUGAAAUUUAAAGCACAACGUAGCCAAACUGAUGUAUUCAGACAAGCUGAAAAUCAUUAUAAGCCGCCGUCAACAUCAGAUGGAAUAAACUUUAAAUCAAACCCACUCGCGAGAUUUUUUGGUAAGGGAUUGUUAUAA